UCCAAAAUGAGUGAGACGCCUACUAGUUUCUCCAUGGCUCAUCUGACUUCCUCGGAAGGUCAAGUUCCUUCCCCUCGCCACUCAAAUGUCACUCAUCCCGUAGUGGCUAAACGCAUCAGCUUCUACAAGAGCGGAGACCCCCAGUUUGGCGGUGUAAGGGUGGUGGUCAACCCUCGUUCCUUUAAGACGUUUGACGCUCUGCUGGACAAUUUAUCCAGGAAGGUGCCCCUACCCUUCGGGGUGAGGAACAUCAGCACGCCCCGCGGAAGGCACAGCAUCACCAGGCUGGAGGAGCUGGAGGACGGCGAGUCUUACCUGUGCUCCCACAACAGGAAGGUGCAGCCGGUUGACCUGGACAAGGCCCGCAGGCGCCCCAGGCCCUGGCUCGGCAGCCGCUCUGUGAGCACACUUGUGCACCUCCGCUCGGCUACUACGACCGUGGCCACCACUGCUCCCGGCAUGCUUCGCGCCCCAAGGAGGCUCGUGGUCUUCCGGAACGGUGACCCGAAGACCAAGCGUGUGGUCCUCCUCAGCCGGAGGGUCACUCAGAGCUUCCAGGCCUUUCUGCAGCACCUGACGCAGGUCAUGCAGUGUCCGGUGGCUAAGCUGUAUGCCACAGAUGGAAGAAAAGUUCCUAGUCUCCAGGCAGUGAUACUGAGCUCUGGGGCUGUGGUGGCAGCCGGAAGGGAGCCAUUUAAACCAGGAAAUUACGACAUCCAAAAGUACUUGCUUCCUGCCAGGUUACCAGGGAUCUCUCAGCGCGUGCACCGGAAGGGAAAAGCUAUCUUAGAAAAAAGAAAGAUGAGCACACAUAUCCAUCCAGUCCUAAGGCCCCAGACUGAUUCCCUGGCUUCUGAGAAAACAUACGAUUGUAGUUCAGACUGUUCUGUAGCUCCCGAGAACUUCCUGGCCUUAGAAAAAUGUGAUUCUCAGACACUGUCGACAUAUCCUUCUGAAGAUGGUGUUGAGAAGUCGAUUAUUUUUAACCAAGAUGGUACUAUGACAGUUGUGAUGAAAGUUCGAUUCAAGAUAAAAGAAGAAGAAACCGUUAAGUGGACGACCACUGUCAACAGAGCCAGUCUUUCUACUAAUGACGACAAGAGUAGGAUAAAUAGUUAUCCAGGAAAACCAGAUGAUCGAUCACCUAGUUUAAAGCUUGCAGCGUGUUCAUUGUCUGAGGACGUCACAGACAUUACCCAGCAGGGCAGUUUGACAGAGGAAGAAAACACUCAAAUGGCAGAGCAGCAGGCUAAGUUGUGUAGCUCUGCUGGUUGGGAGAAUGCUUCUGUGGAAACAGACAUUACUCAGGGAAGCCAGAAACAAGUAAAACGUUUUUAUAGGCCUCCAACCCCAGGACCAAGGAGAACGAGAACGAGACAAAAGAAAUCUGUGAUAGGUACUGUCACUGUAGUAUCAGAAACAGAGGUUCAAGAAAAACAGUUUUCCUAUAGUGAAGAGAGAGAGGGUGGAGAAAAGUCUGAAUAUCACAUGUUUACACAUUCUUGCAGUAAAAUGUCCUCAGUAUCUAAUAAACUUGUUCAGAUCAGUAGCAAUGAUGAGAUGGAGUCAGCAUUAGAAAGAACAAAGGAAAGUGGGCUGCUCAAAUCAAAUGCCAUAAAUGGGGGUGCUGUAGAAAUUAAAAGUCAACAGGUCUUAAAGAUGUGCCAUAGCAACGGUUUACCAGUAACUGUGUCAGAGAACUCACUCGUGGAGGAAGGCAUAGAUGAUAGAGUGGUGUCAGACAAAGCUGGUAUCAAGCACUUCAGAACUUAUGGCAAUACCAAUGACAUGUUCAAUUCCAUUUCAGCAGAUACAACUCUUUCUUCAGGUACCAAUUCUCAAAAUGACAAAUGUAUUUCUGAGGUUCCAUCUAUAGGAUCUUCUACCCAUACCACAAGAGUGGACAGGCUUGUUAAUGGAUUUGCUCCUUCUGGUUUAACAGAACUUCCAAAAAGUGGAAAGCAGGCUUCGUCCUCUUUUGUCAGCAAAAAGAAGAAAUCACAGCAGCAAAUGGUAAAUUCCAAGUAUAAGAAAAAAGUGACUGAAACCAAAGGGACCUCUAAUAAAGUUGGAAAAAUAAACAGAGCAGGAGUAACUGCACAAGAAAUAGUGUUGCAAGAUUCAGACUGUCCUCUUAAAGAAGGUAGAGUGUGCGAGGAAGGCCUUAAUACAGGUGAUGUGAUAACUGAAUCAAAUAAGUUUUUUUCCAAAAGUAGUUUCAAAAUUUCCAAAAAUUUCCAUAAAAAUAAAUUAAAUAUUUCUAAAAAUCUAAAGACUCAAAAACUUUUAGCCAAAAGAAAAUCCAGACCAUUAAAUAUUAUAAGUGUAGGAGGAGUUAGAAAACAAGAAACUGGUCAAGGAGAUAAAGUAUUUCUCCACAGUGAAUCUAAACUUCGUAAAAAUAAUUUGGAAAAUCAAAGUUUACUUCAUGUGUUUAAUAUCCUUGAAGAAAACCAGAAAGUUUUGCAGAGAUCACCGUCACAAAUGGAGUUAGUAACUGGAAAUUUAAGAGGAAUGACGAAAAAGAGUUUAGUACCAAACGUUAAUGAUUUACAUGUAUCUUUAAAAAACCAGAAAAAACAAAAGAGAAAUAAAUUGACAUCAGGUGCUACAGUAAGUGAUCAGCAUGAUACAACCAGGGCAGAUUCAUUAGCUUUGAGAAAACCUGAUUUUCCUGAGGGUAUCCCCCACCAUUCAGUUAAGAGCUAUGUGCAGAGAUGGUUGCAGAGCAUAAAUCCAUAUCCAGAUUUUGAGCAUGGAAAGUCAUCUCCACUAUGCCAAGACAGAAGUAAUGUGGCAAAUUAUACCAGUGAUAGCUUUCCAGGACAUAAUCUCCAUACAACUUCUUCAAAAGGAACUAGUUCUGUUAUGGAAAGUAAUAGGCACAAAACCAAAAGUGCCAGUUGGAUAGGUAAUAAGAAUCAAGAGGCAGGUAAAUCUCUUGUUGCUAAAGAUAAUGGUGAACAGCUUAAUAAACAUCUCUGUGAGAGCCAGGAUGGGUCUGUGAAUGAUUCUUACUUGGUUAGUCUGCAUGACCAUUGUACUUUGUCACAGACAACUAUUAACGAUCAUAGCACUAAAAGUAAUUUAUGUACUGAAAAGUCAAGAUCAGAAAAGAGUUUUGUUUACCAAGAAAUGAAUCUAGCUACAAAAAGGCAAAGUAUUGAAGUUGCCAUUCAGGUAGACACCAUGGGAGAGAAUGCUCCAAAAGACUACUUACCAGCCCUGUUGCUUCAGCACCUGGAAGCUUUUGUUUCUAAUAAUCAGAAAAAUCAGAAUGGAACUGCUCAAAUGCCAGGUUCAUUAGCAGACGUUGUCUUCCCUUCUGCAAUAUAUAAAUCAUCCACUAAUCUCCUUCUAGCUUGGCUUUUGGUACUAAACCUAAAGGGAAAUAUGAACAGCUUCUGUCAAAGUGAUGGUCAUAUGAUCACCAGCAGAUCUUCAGAAACAGUUGCUCUGUUGGAAGUUCUGAAGCACAUUGCCAUCACAGAGGAAGCUGAUGACUUGAAGGCUGCUGUUGCCAACUUAGUGGAAUCAACCAAAAAUUACAGUGGGCCCAGUGGGAGAGAACAAGGUACAGUACCAGCAAGUUGUACAGCAGCUAGCAUUCAGAAUGCUGUCAUGUGUAAUGACAAUGAAAGCACACAAACGACCAUCUUGGACGAAGGCUACUCCAUCAGGGAGGACUGUGGCCCUGAGUUGUGUGUUUCAGAAAUGGUUAGCAAGUCACAUAACUCUCCACAUGAGAUGUGCACUGGGAAUGUGAACUAUCCUCCAAAACGGACAGGUAAUCUGAGUGAUGCCUUUGUCACCAGUAAUAGUUCUACUGUGAGUCAGUGCUCCACAAAGGAUGCUUCUUUCCUAGGAGAGGCCUGUUUACAUACAAAUGGUGUGUGUUCCCAUAAGGCUUGUGCUCAGAAGGAGAACAACAUCUAUGAGGCAGCUUGCCCAAGUGAUGAGACUCAAAUUCCCGUCAGAGACCGCAAAACGAUUGACUCUGUGGAUUUGAAAGAACACAAAUGCACUGAUGAUUUGGAAUUAACUGAAGAACUCAAAAGAGUUGAUAAAGUUCCAAAAGAUCUAACUAUUUUGACAGACCCUGUGUAUGAAAAUGACUCUAAUGUAUCAAUAUCAUCUCAAAAUGUCAUUAACUUAAGCUCCCGUGAUCUUUUCCUAAGUAAAACAGACCCAGAAUUUGAUAAGGACUAUAGUCCUCUAGAUGAAUUUAAAGAUUGCUCACUUAAGAAAAUUGUGAAUAAAAAGAAAUAUAUAUCUCUUGAUAAGGAAGAAUCAAGGACUUCUGAAGAACCAGGGUCAAUAACCAAUAGUGUGACAUCAAGUGAAAGAAAUAACACCUCAGAAUUAGAAUCUUUUGAAGAAUUAGAAAGCCAAGACACAGAUAUCUUUAAUAUAAAGGCAAGUGCUAGAGAAAAAGCUACUGAGGAAUCAAUGCAAAAAGAGUUAGAGGCUGAGAUGACUUUGGGAUUGAUGAACACAUCAGAUAGGAAUAUUAUAGAAGAGGAAAGAAGAAAUAGUGUGAUUUUAGAGACAACUGGCAGGGAGCUGGUGACACCACCAUCUUUAGUUUUUUGCUACUAUUCCAAUAAAAAUACAGAAAAAGAGAUCAGUGUAGGGGAAAGGAAAAUGAGAGUUAAAAUGAUGGUAGAAAGCAUGGAAAAUGUAAGUCACACACAGUCCUCUCUUAAUUUUAAGAAACAUCACAGAAGUCCGGUGACUUCAGACUGGUCAGAUUAUAGAACAGACAGUGAGAGUGGACAUCCUUGUAAAGCAUCCAGUGGUGAUCACAAUGACAGUGAUGGCAUUGCCCAAGAGAAAGAGUACAAUAAAGGAAUUGUUAAAAGGGCAAUAGAAAAGCUUUAUGGCAAAGCAGAGGUUAUCAAACCACCAUUUUUUCAUGGGUCUAUUCAUAAAUCUCAAGUUUGUCCUUAUAAUCCUGUGGAAGUUCAAGGUGCUAAGAAAACAAAUUUUUAUGAUUCUGAAUGCCAGUCAUUGGUCUCUUCUGAAGAAGUAUCUAGACGUUCACUCAUGUUGCAGGAAUUCCAGGAGGAAAGACAAGGUGAAGUGGAUGUUAAUGGUACAGGAGACAGUUUGGGGGCCAACAGCAUAGAAAAGGUUAUAAAACCAAUUGAGCAUGAGAAGGUCUUUGUGGAAAAAGAGAAAGGGAAACUGAUUGACAAUGGCAAAUGGCUCCUGCGAGAAAAUCAUUUGUGGCGGGUGUCGUCUGACAAUCCUGGCAUGUACGGCAAUGCAGACACCACAUCAUUGGAUACUCUAACUGAUAAGAACAGCAUUGAGGUGCCAUAUUCACAUUUUGGAGAUUUGGCUCCUGGUCCAACAAUGGCUGAAUUGUCCUCUUCAGAAGUGGAGGAAAUGACUCAACCCCUUGAAGUGAAAUGCAAUUAUUUUAACUUUCCUCAUGGCAGUGACUCUGAGCCUUUUGGUGAAGAUUUUCUAGAUAUGCAGAAUAAAACCUGCUCCAAAGAGAGAAUACCCAAUCAUCCCAAAGAAGAGAAGAGUAAUUACCCAUCUGAAAGAAUAUGCACAUCUGUUACUCAAGCCUUUGCUCCUGCUGGUCAUAAAGUCCACCCUGUGGAUGAUGGUGCUAUUAAAACUCAGCCAUUACCUGGAACUAAUAUAACUCAUGGUGCACUCCAGGAAGGUGACUCUUUGGAUAAACUGUAUGCUCUUUGUGGUCAACAUUGUCCAAUACUAACUGUUAUUAUUCAGCCUGUUAAUGAGGAAGACCGAGGUUUUGCUUACCGCAAAGAUUCUGAUAUUGAAAAUUCUUUGGGUUUUCAUUUAUGGAUGAAAAUGUACCCAUUUCUGCUACAGUCAAACAAAAACUUGUUCAAAAGUGAAAGCAACAAAGUGAGUGCAGGCCAAGAAUUUACUGAUAAGGCCAUUGGUGAUCUGUUUGAUCAACUUUAUUUUAAAAACAUGAUUGACUCGAUGGAUAAAAGAAUGAAACACAAACAUGGUAAGCCUUUUGAGGAAGCUAUUAGUUUGAAGAAAUUCCAAUUACAUUUAAAGAAAAGGUUUUCAGAUCUUUUGCAUUCACCAUUGUUAGUUGUGGGGGAUGUGAAUUCUAUUACAAUAAACCAUAGCAAGAGGACAGAUAACUUGAAAAGUGUUGAUGAGAAUAACAACAUAAUCAACAGAUUGCAGAACUCAAGAAAAACUCCCAGCCAAGUAGAAAGAGAAAAUACCAGUUGUCAGUUCCCCCUUGAACUGUUUGGUCAAGUUUACUUGUUAGAUAUUUGCCAAGUUGAGAAAUCCUUAAAUAUAAAGAACAGAAAUAAAUUAGAAGUACAUUAUAUUUUGGAAGGUGAAAUUCUUUUAAUCUGGGAAGAAGAAUAUCAAUUAAAUGUAGUAGAUAUUGAAAACAAUAAUGAGCAAGGUAAUAUAUAG